AUGAUCCAGCAGGAGAAUGCAGGAGCAAGAGUGAAGGGUGCAUAUGAGGUGGGGGAAGGUGAGUGUGAGGUGGGGGGAGGUGAGUGUGAGGUGGGGGAAGGUGAGUGUGAGGUGGGGGAAGGUGAGUGUGAGGUGGGGGAAGGUGAGGGGGAAGCUGCAUCAGCAAAGUCCAGCACGGGUGACAGCUCACGGAAAACUGGGAACCGGGAGUACACUGCACAGCCUGCAGACAGCUCGACAACUCAGAAGAGCCACGAGACUCAGUCCAGUGCCUUGAUCUCUCUGAGUCUCCUGUUGGGGGAGGACCCAGGACACCUGUCCCGGCAACCGCAGGCCACCAGUUCACAGGAGCCACUUGGCUGUCCCAGGCCCUCUGAGGUGGGCUCAGAAUACCCGCCUUUCUUCCACAUUCAUGAGCAGCCCCUGGCUAUGGAGGAGCUGGCUCAGCAGGUUGAACUCUGCCCAGGACACAAAGCUGGCUGGAGCAGCAGAAAGGGUCUGUUCCUCGGGGAGUCGGCGCCACCCAGUGGCUUCUUCCCAUACUACCGCUCUCAGGAAGAGCUUCUCCCCAGCACCACCCCUCAAGGCUGCCAGUGUCUGGGCACCAGAGACCACUUUCCUGGAAGUGGGGCACAGGAUGGCUGCUGCAAGGUGACAUGGGAUGGAUUCCCUUGUGCUUUGGCAGGGCCAGACCUCCUCGCCUCUGGCUUUUCAUCCUCACCAGCCUGCUGUCACUUCUUAGGAGGGUUCACGCCUGAUGGCGACCAGGGUCUUCCCUUCUCUGGGGACCGUGUUUUUGAUGCUUCAGGAUUUGUACCAUACUACAGAAGCCCUGAAGAGGAGCUUCACACCAGCCCGGUGCCUCCCUCUUCUGUGCUGGGGAGCUCGAGGGAGUGA